AUGGUAUACAUCGCCUCCUGGCAAGAGUUUCAGGAAGCAGCUGAAAAUCUUUACACAAAAUCUCCCAACAAAGCUCGAUAUUGUGUGAAAUGGAGACCAUCAGAGGGCAAACUCGUCCUGAAGAUUACAGAUGAUACAACAUGCAUAAAGUUCAAAACUUAUUCCUCGAUCUUCCUCAAUCGAUUCGAGGCUCUGAACUUAUCACUAAUGCAGAAAAUGCAGAAUAAACGCCCUACACCAAUCGUACCCCUGGGCACACCUGAUAUCACUAAGGACGCAGACCAGGCGCGCUCGUCGUCUCCGUUCGUUGCACAACCUGCUGGUCCUGCAACUGGAGGUGUUAAGAAGAAAAAGCCAAAGAAGAAAAAGUAA